GUUGUUUUUGGAGGAUUUGAAAUUCAACUAUGGGUAACCAAGAUUUGAAUUCGAACAUUGGAGCUGUGGAUUUGGGAUUGAAGGCAAAAAUGUCAAUAUUGGGGCUAAGAAGAUAAUUAAGAAGGUUUCUGGGUACCGGACAUAUGAUGAUCCAAAGCUAAAUGUAGAAGUUUAGAAGAAGAAUCAGGCUCGAUCUCGAGUCCUUGAAGCAUUAAAUGCAAAGAGGGUGAGUUGAAGUUCUUUGUUUUGAAUUUGGCUGCGUCGUUAACAAUGUCGAUUGAGCUCAAGCUUUCCCGGAUUAAUCGAGUUUAUCGUCCUUCUGAACUGGUUGAGGGCAAGAUCAUAGUGAAGUCUGCGUCUUCAAUCUCGCACUAUGGAAUUCGCAUCGCGGUUUAUGGAUCUAUCAACUUGCAGGUUCGGGGAGGGACGGCCGGAGUUAUAGAGACUUUGGUUGGUGCAGCCAAGCCUAUUUCGAUUCUGAACAAAAUUGUUGAGCUUAGACCUGCUGGAAAGAUUGCUUCAGGCAUAACUGAGAUACCGUUUUCUAUGCAUAUUAGACAACCAAGAGAAGAUAACCUCGAAAAGUUCUAUGAGACAUUCCAUGGAGGAAAUAUUAACAUUCAGUAUUUAGUGACUGUAGAUAUAUCGAGAGGAUACCUGUAUAAGUCGUUAUCUACAACAAUGGAGUUCAUAGUUGAAAGUGAUAAAGCUGAUGUAAUUGAGCGACCAGUUUCUCUAGAGAUGGUUGUCUUUUACAUUACUCAGGAUACCCAAAGACAUUCGCUACUUCCUCAACUGAAAUUUGGUUUGCUGGUUACUUCCUGUUAUAUCCUAUCUGUCUCUAGUUACUGUUCUUAA